AAUUAAAGAACCGUAUCAGUGUUCACACGUAAACAACACAGACCACUACAAACAUGAUGAAGCUGGUGGUGUUGUCUUGCCUGUUGGCCGCCGCGACUGCGAGCCUUAUCGCGCCCCUCGCCUACUCGGCGCCCUACGCCUACCCUGCGGCACUUGCCUACAGCGCGCCUCUCGCCGCGCCUUACAACUACCGCGGUCCGUUGUCCCUAGCGCCAGGACAGUCCGCCAACAUCCUUGCCGCUGACGGCAGGCCCCUCGACACCCUUGACGUUAACCUGAACCGUGCCGCACACUACACCGCCAAGGCGCUUGACAACGGAUUCCACCUGCUGAAGAAGCGCUCCGUGAUCACUCCAGUGAUCGCAGCCCCACUGGCACAUGUCGCGACCCCACUGAUCGCCCCCGCAGUUCGUGUUGCCUACACCGCACCUUACGCCGCUUCCUACAUCAGCCCUGUUGCCUACGCCCGCACCGCUACACACGUCACUCGCGUCCUGUAACAUAAUACUUAUUAUAAAAAAAAAACUUAAA